GUAGGUGGUAUAAAAGAGGAGCAGCAAUGCGGCACGGCAAGUCAGCAGCUACCAAAGUGUGGUGCACUAGCCAUAGGAUCGACGAGAAUUCCUUUUUUCGGCAGCGUAACCAUGAAGUUCCUCGCAACCCUCACUCUCCUCGCCCUCGUGGCCAACGCCGCGUUCGCCGAAGAGGUCGCUAAGAAAGAUGAGAAAAAGGAGGAUAAGAAGGACGUUGAAGGACGUGGCGGAAUUCUGGGAGGCGUGCCUGGCUACGGCGUUGGUGUGGUUCCUGGCGUCGUCGCUCCCGGUGUCGUUGGUCCAGGAGUCGUCGGCAACCCCGCCCUGGUAGGCGCCGGUGUUGGCCACGGCGUCGGCUUGGGUGGUGUUGGCGUGGGACACGGUGGCGGCUUCCAGUCGGGUUACGGCGCUACCGCCGGAGGACACCAGGCAGGCUUCCAAAAGGGUGCCGCGGGGCACAGUCAGGGAUCCGGAGCCUUCGCUGGCGGCUCUGCCCACAGGACUGUCAACGCCUUCAGCAACAACCAGGGUUACAACCACAACACCGGCUUCUCGGCUUCCGACAGCAAGACCUUUGGAACCGGUCAACAGCAGGGAUCUUCAGGCUUCCAGGGAGGUGCCGCCGGACAACAGGCCGGAUUCGGACAGUCCUCCUUCGGCAAGACUGCCGGUGUCGGCCACGCGGGCGUAGGCGUCAUCGGAUGAAAUUUCCGGUUUGUUUGCUGUAAUAACUUCUCCAGCUGACUGUACAAGCUUCGCGCCAUUUCGUCGUCGCCACAUCUCAAUACUUGACAUUUCGGCCACUCGAAGAUCAAAAGUUUCAAUAAACAGACCAAUUCA